GUUUAGAUAAGCUUUAGUAAGCUUUUGAAAUUCUAGCAAAAUCUUUGUAGUAGUUUCUUAAUAAUAUUUUUAUAUUUUUAACUAAAUUGUUUCCUUUUUCAGUUUUUAGAUAUGACUAGUCCUCUACCCAUUUUACUGGCCUGCUUCGUGCACCUGAUGCUGAACACCACGCUCUUCAUCCAGAUGGAUCCGGAUCAUUUUGCAGACACCCCCAUUGUGGGCAGCCAAAUAUUCUAUCUUUCGUUGAUGGUUCUGCUGGGCAACUGCGAAGUUACACCCGCGCGUUGGAAAUAUGUACCUCCAUGGGGCAAGUUUAUCCUGGAGACGAUCGUCAUCUUUCUAAUAGGGGAAAUUGCGAUGGUCGGAAUAUGGCUGUCUAUGGAAACACUUCUCGUCGAGCUCACCAUUAACGGUCUCAAAUGGACAGGACUUGCCUGCUCGAAAAUGUUGAUCCUGGAGAUUGGCACUUUGGUGCUCGGCAUUACCUUUGCGGUGAUAGUGGCUGCAAUCACAAAUCGACCGGCCAAGGUGCAGCAAAUUGGACGCCAAAUGUGGAUCACUUUCAAGACAGCCCAGUCAAGCAGUGUUUCCUGAUUGGGAAUGGACUGUCCGCGAUCUAUUUGUUUCCAAAAAAGGCGUAAAAGUACUUAAAUCUUUUUUUUAUAAACUUAUAAACAUUGCAGACAUUUGUAUUUCAAAAUGUAAAUGAGCAAUUAAAGAUUAAAAAGA